CUCGGUAGUGUCCCCACAAGUCUUUCUUCCCCGUUCCCCCGUCCGGCAGCUUCGGUCCAGCGCCAGCCUCUCGUCUCGCUGCAAACAAACGUGCCCUGCACCGGCCUAUUGAGAUGGGAGACCAAGAAGGGAUGAUGGACGAGGCCUACGUUUCCGGAAAUCUCUCCUCUGGCGGCUUUCCCAGCCUAGGCGGGGACGAGAAGGACUCCCCCUGCUCAACGAGCUCGUCUCUCUCGCUCGGCUCGGAGGCGGGAGGUGAGAGGAUGAAGUUGGGUUUCAAGGGAAGGGAUGCGCUGGGUAAAGGCCUCUCCCAGUUGUCCGGGCGGAGAAAGAACUUGCCGCCGAACCGCCGCGGAUUAUUGUACGGGGAGGGGAAAGCUGGCUCUGCGACUGGCAAGAACCUCGGGCCUGCAGCUGGCUCCCUCCCGACCCCCACCACCCAGCUCUCGAAGCAGAUCAACAAGAUGGGACUGGUGAGUCCGCUCGUCACCCCGGGAGGGAAACGGACACUCGCCGAGAGGUCCGACGACAUGUCCCCGAUGAGCGACACGGACGUCCAUGUAGGGGGUGGCACCUCGCUCACCGAUCCCGGCUAUGUCAGCCUACCUCACGGCCAGUCGUCACUUGAACUGCCGUCCUCCCUCUCGAGGGAGAGGGUGGGUGAUGGGAGAGGGGGUGAGGGGGCCACCCGAGCAGUUGGAGACACCAAACAACAGGACACUCUCCCAACCUCUGGUCACAAGUCCACUGCGACGGAGAGGCUGCAAGUGGAUCCCCAAGUGCGGGCCGAGUCUCCAGGGGUGCCUCCUGUUGCUGAGAACGUUGAGGUAGUGACUGGGCCGGCGAACCAGGAGCUGUCGCGGCAGUCAGAGGCAGUGGCGAUCCUGUCCAAACGAGCUGCCCCAGGCUGGGAGAGACAGAGAACCAAGAACCCUCGCCUCACUGAAGGCCCCGGUGCCUUGCUCCAUCGUCCCAUCAAGGUCCCCACAAUUGUGUCCCCGGUUUCGUCGACAGGUGGCCGUGGCAGCAGUUCUCGUCACAAGACCAGGAGGAGCGGAGGCGGAGGUCUGUCUCCUGAGAGACCGGGCCCCUCGCGGAGCCCUCUCAGCUCCAUGGAGGAAGGUGAGACUCACCGCACCGUGGUCAGUCCCUCGCACCACACAUCAUCAGGAGGUGGUGGAGGGGGAGGUGGGCCUGUGAACUUUCGGAGUAUCGAGGAGCUGUCUCGCAGUGACCGGCAGCCAGACAGCAUGGAGGUGGAGCAGCAGCGAAACCCGCACAUGGCCAAGGUCAUGUCCCUAAUCCGCUCCAGCCGGGAGAGCGCCAACUUCUCCAGUCGCCACAGCCCGCAGUCGCUGCGCGCCGUGAGUCCCAGCUCGUCCUCCAUCAACAGCCUCAACAGUGCUAGGUCGGUGAGUCCCCACAGUCCGCGAUCUCCACACACGUCGCUCACCCAGCCCAACAGUGGUGGGAGUGGCAGCAGUGGGGCUGGAGGAGACGCGGAGGGCAGGAGGCAGAGGGUGGCCGGAGGGGGUGAGGAGGGAGGGGGAAGGGAGGAGGAAGCAGAGGUGAAGCGGCAGAGCGCUCUGCUCCAGGUCAGCGAGGCUCACCUCGCAAUUCUUCCUGAUGAAGAUGGCGACACGCCUCUCCACCUCUCCAUCAUACACGAGAACGUACGUCUCACACAGCACCUGGUGAAGCUCAUAGUCGGCGUGUACAUGAACCUCGACAUUGCCAACAACAUGAGACAGACGCCACUCCAUCUUGCCAUCAUCACAAGACAGCCCCACAUUGUUCAGAUGCUCGUUCAAGCAGGAGCCUCCGUCAAUUUCCCCGACCGGAAGGGCAACACGGCGCUCCACCUGGCCGCCGCUCGCAGGGACAUGCAGGUGCUCAAGAUACUGGCCCGUGCCGCCAGCCCCGUGCCUGACUUCAACUGCAAGAACUUUGCAGGGUUAGCCCCAGUCCAUUUGGCCACCAGGGAAUCCAGCAUCGACGUACUCAAGUUUCUUUUCCAGAUGGGGGCCAACAAGAAUGCCAUGGAUGCUUGCAGUGGGCGUACCUCUCUUCACUAUGCUGUGGAAGCCGAGAACUUUAUCCUUGUCAAUUUUCUCCUGGAGGGUGGCUGCAACGUUAACUCGGCCACCUUUUCAGGUAACACACCUCUGCACAUAGCUGCUGGCCGGCGACUGAAGGAGAUUGUUGCUCUCCUGAUGGCGUACGGAGCUAACCCCGCUCUUGCCAACGGCGAAGGGGACUUCCCCACUGACCUUCCUGCAUCACUAUUGAUGCAGAGAGCCAGAAUGAAUGCCCACUGAAAGACCACCUCCACACACACACACACACACACACACACUCCUACACUUUUUAUAAUGUCACACUCCUCUUCUCUUCUGCUGGCCUCAACAUGUUGAGGCUUCCUAUCUCUCUAAUAUUAUUAUUGUCUCAGUACUUCCGAAAUGACUGUCUGAAUGUGCACACCUCAUGUUGUCCCAUCAUCUCCUCUGUUCCGUUUCACGUCUCUAAUAUUGUCUGCUGUAAAAAUGUAUAGAAAGUCCUCAUCCUCUUUGUGACGUUUGUACAGAGCCUCUAUUAUUAUGAUUAUUGUUGUGCCAUCAGUUUUUUUAAGUUUUAUUAUAAUUAUGGGAAC